AUGGCUUCACAAACUGAUAGCGUAACGAAUCUAAAUGAAGAUAAUUUAUCAGAGGGUUUGGGAUCUAAAGAAAAUGAAGACACGUCAGCCGAUGAUACGCCUUUGACUCGUAUGGAUAAAAUGAAAAUAAUUAUAACCUCGUACUGGCGAGGUCUUGUAUGUGUUGUUACUCCCAUAAUUCUGAUACCGAUUCUACUGUCGUUUCCUACUGAGAAAUAUCAAUGGUGUGCCUAUACGCUGGUGUUAAUGGCUGUGUAUUGGGUGACUGAAUGCAUCCCAUUGCCUGUUACUUCUUUCUUACCAAUUUUCAUAUUCCCACUGACAGGUGUUAUGAGUACGACCGCUUGCUGUUUAUGUUAUAUGAACGAUACAAUUAUGAUGUUUCUCGGAAGUAUGAUUAUUGCAUACGCAGUGGAACAAUCUGGCCUUCAUAAGCGCUUGGCUCUCUGUGCUAUUCGCGCUAUUGGUUAUUCCCACUAUAGGCUAAUAUUUGCAAUGUGUUUUAUCACAAUGUUUAUCUCCAUGUGGAUCACAAAUACUGCAGCGACCACUUUGAUGGUUCCUAUUAACUUUGCUGUGCUCAAAGUAUUUGAAGAUCAAAAUCUAUUAACCAUUUAUGACGUAAAUAGUAAUGGUGAAAAAAUCGCAUCAGAUAUAACCACAUGCUAUUUUUGCGCAGCAACAUUUUCAGCUACAAUAGGUGGAAUUGGCACAUUAGUAGGAACAGCGACAAACUUUGUAUUUAAAGGUUUAUUUUCAAAGUCGUAUCCAAAAGCACCUGAAUAUUUAUCGUUCCCAAAGUUUUCUGCAUUUGCGAUUCCGUAUAUGCUGCUGAUGGAAGCCGCUAUGUAUAUUUACCUUAUAGUUGUGUACUUUGGAUUUUUAAGGCCAAAGAGUGAAACUGCUCAAAGAUCGAAGUUGCCAGCCUCAGGCAUUGACGCAGCGAAAAAAGCGGUAAAUGAAGAUUACGAAAAGUUGGGAAAAAUGACAUAUUGGGAAAUUAGUGUUAUUAUGUUGUUCUCGUUAGCGAUCUCUUUGUUCUUUUGCCGUUCGCCACAAAUAUUUGAAGGAUGGGGUGAUCAAAUUAAUAACUAUUUUGGAUUGGGAAAUAAUAAGUUUGUUCAAGAUUCAUCUGCAGCAAUGCUGAUUGCUUUUUUGAUGUUUCUGCUGCCCUCAACGUUAGGCUUCUUCAACAAUUGUAAAGCCAAAGAGUAUGGUGACUUCCCAAAAUCAAUACCAUCCGUUCUUAACUGGAAACCGAUGAAUACCGUCUUGCCAUAUAGCUUUAUGUUCCUACUAGGUGGUGGAUUUGCCUUAUCUGAGGCAGCAAAAGAAGAUUAUACCGAUUUAAAUGGAAAAAUAGGCACUGUAUUGAGAAAUUUCAAAGAUUUAAGCAACGGAUCAAUACUUCUUCUAAUAAUCAUAUUUACCGUGUUUAUCACGAAUUUUGCAUCGAAUGUCGCAGUAUGUAAUGUCAUCGCGCCUAUUGUUAUGCAGUUGGCAAAAGAAAUCCACAAAAAUCCACUAUGGUAUAACAUUGCAGCAGGAUAUUCAGCUUCCUACGCCUUCUGCCUUCCCGUAGGAACUCCAGGAAAUCUCAUAGUUCAGAGUGUUGCAAAUAUCCCUACAGCAAAAAUGAUCAAAGCUGGUCUAGGUCCAACCGUGACUACGAUAAUUCUCACAUGGAUUUUCGUUUAUUUCUGGGCACCUGUUAUUUGGCCUGAUCUUCACAACCUUCAAGAUUGGAUGCAAGAUACACGAAGUAGAUUUAUCUAUUAA